AUGGAGGAUGUGAAUUACUUGGAGUCUUGUAACAAGACACCCGUUUUCGACAGUGUAGGUUCAGUUACACAGACAUGCAGCGGAGAGGAAGAUUUACUUGAUAAAAUGUUUAUGAAUCAAAGUUCAGUGGAGAAAGAAAUUCCUGAAUAUAACUGUGAGAAUUGUAUGAAAGUAUUCUCUUCAGAACAUGAACUUUUCACACACCAAGAAAUGCACAAUAAGAAGAAACCGUACCACUGUGAUAUAUGUGGAAAGUCUUUUGUGUAUAACAGUGUUUUAACGAAUCACAAGCGAAUCCAUACGGGAGAAAAACAAUUUCACUGUGAAAUUUGUGGAAAACCUUUUAUUAAUAAUUCGGCUCUUGUUAUCCACAUACGUAGUCACACGGGGGAGAAACCAUAUCUUUGUGGAGUUUGUGGGAAAUGUUUUGUUGAUAGCAGUAAUUUAACGAGACAUAAACGAAUCCAUACAGGGGAAAACCCGUUCCAUUGCGAAAUUUGUGGAAAAUCUUUUAUUAAUAAUUCGGCUCUUGAUAUCCACAUAUGUAGUCACACAGGUGAGAAACCAUAUCUUUGUGAGAUUUGUGUCGUAGUCACACAGGAGAAAAACCAUUCCACUGUGAAAUAUGGGGAAAAUUCUUUGUUCAAAAUUGUUGUCUUGUAUUCCACAAACGAAAACAUAUUUCAUUGUGAAGUCUGCAGUAAAUCUUUUGUCAACAAUAGUGAUUUAAAAAGACAUAAGAAAACACAUGAUGGAGGAAAAAUCUUCUCUAGAAUCAUCUUAACCAGAAUUAACAUUGACUUAGUCAGUUCUGUCUAUCUUGAGAAUCAGUGUAGGUUUAAGUCAGUGGAUAUGAUAUUCAGUUUGCGACAAGUUCAGGGGAAGGCCCAGGAUCACAAUACAGAUCUCUAUGUGGUAUCUGUUGACCUUACAAAAGACUUUCACUCUAUGUUGGCAGGCUUUGUGCAAAGUAUUAGCAAAACUUAG